AUGAGCUGCGAGCAACGCAUGAACCGUCUCUCCGCCUCGUUCAAUUUCGCCAUGACACGUGCAUUGGCCGCCGAGACCAAGGACGACUGGAUCACCCAUCUGAAGGCCAUGUCGAAUGUGUUCACGCAGGUUGGUACCACUGGGACCAUAGAGUUGGAGCGGGUCGGCCAGGAUUCACGAGUCAAAGUGCACAGUUGCCUGGCCGAACUCUCUCCCUGGUGGCCUAGUUUCCCCAGCAGAUUCCAACCUAUUUGCAGGCGUGCACGGCGAUGGUGACCGAAGAGGCGGCGAAGACGGAGGCGCUGAGAGAGCGCGACGACACGCUCGCCGCAAUGACGGAUCUGAAGGCGAAAGCGGACAGCCACGACGACGUGAUCCAUCAGUUGCACUUGCUGCUCGCCGCGCAGAGCCGCAACUCGACCGACCACACUUCCGUCGUCAUUUUCGACAAAAUGGUGCCGUCCACUCUCCCCUUUGGCGAAAAAAAUUUUUGCGUGCCGCGGCUCUCAGUGUCGAUUUACGAGACACGGUUUUUCAACUGAAAUCGAUGUUUUGCCGAGUUUUUGGGAUUAUGCACAGUUUUUCCUCAAAACUUUCGCCUCAGGUCGGUUUAUAUGACCGAUAGCGACAAAAUGAUCACAGAGUGCUCGUGUAAAAGUGAAAAUUCGAAGAGAAAUUUCGUUUUUUUUUUAAUUUGGCUUGAAAAAGCGAACUUUCCGAAGUAUUGAGAGAACAGUUGCUGCUCGCGAUUGUUCAACAGACAAAGGCAGUCAUUUUGCGCACAAAGACGGCCCAUAAAAUGCAAAAACGACUGAGAAAUUGAAAUUCACAGAAAAAUGAAAAAAUGCGCGCUUUUUUGUUGGCAAAACGCUAAUUUAAGGUCACAGCUGUCAUUAACAAUUCGGAAAUUCUCUGUUUUACUUUAUUUUUCCAAUUUUCGGAUGAAAUUUCGGGUUUUCGGAGAAAAAAUCCGCGGAAAUUUCAACGACACUCCGUUUUAACACGUGUGUUCAUUCAGAACUCCCGCCAUAAAAAUUUGAAUUUAUUUUCGAAGGGCGCUACGCACCGAUUCAAAAUUUUCGUUUGCCGCCUUUACGCCGGCGUACGCCCAUUGGCUGCGUGUCGCCCCUGUGCAAACACCGUUCUAGAUAUUUUGCGUACUUGGCACCAGAUACUACGCAAAUUUUAGGCCAGCUGUUUAUUUAUUCAAAUUAGAGAGUGCGAGAUUGAAGAGACGCCGACGAUGUUCGGUAGGGCGCGCUUGCAUGCGCGUAACAGUUCGAACGCUCGUGUUUUAACGCGGCGCUCAAUUUAGCAUUAGCUGUUUGGGGGAGACAGUGGCGCUUUGAUUGAAACGUGAAUUUUUCAGUGCGACGAGGUGCGCCAGAACAUGCAAGACAUCCAGCAUUACCGUUAUCUCGAGGCGCAGCUCAGCGUGGAGAAGCGGCGAAACGAACGGAUGCUGCUGCACAUCAACGAGCUGUCGAAGAAGAAUGUGAUGCAUCUGAUGGCCACACGCUUCUACGCGAGGGUACGGACUAGCAAAAGCUAGGCCAUCAUCAUUCUCCAUGGAUGUUACAGGAGUUGGCGGCGAUGCGACAAUUGAUGGAUCUGGUGCACAACGCGGCCACCAUCGACUCGGCCGUCAAAUCGAAGCUCUGGGACGAGAUUGAGGCCGAGAACCGUCUUCUCCGUCUUAAUACGUUGUGGCUCAUCAACCGGUAAGUUUCUAUCGCUUUUUUUUCCGGACCCCACGGUCUCCAGUGCUGACAAUAUGGGCGUGGCCUCGGCUAAAUGGCGUUUUCAUGAAUUGAGCACGUUUUUUCUGAUUUUUGUGGUCAACGACGAUGAAAAAUGAUUGUUCGACAUGAAAACACACUAAUUCUCAGAAUUAAUGACGUUUUGGCGCAUUUUUCGCCGACUUUGCUUUUUCGCCUUCUCAUUUUGCGCUUUCUUGACCGUUUUCCGACAGAAUUGGUUUUAAGAAUGAUAAAUCACGUAAAUACAAGCAUUUUGAGCGCUCGAACCGCGAAAACUACCGAAAAACAACUGAAAUUCACGCAGUUUUAGCGAAACACCUUCAAACGGAUAAAUGUGAUUUGCGACUUGACCAAAUUUGACGCUCUUGCGCUUAAAAAAUUCGUAAUAGCCUAUACAAUCGGUCUGUCGAGAGACAAAUGAGAAAUUAUUAAUUUUUCGUGGCUAAUCUGGCAAAAAACACAAAUUUUGCUGUUAAAAUUUGAAUUUCGCGCCAAGCUAUCGCUCUAUUGGGCGGGGCGCAUUGUCAGCUCUGAGGAGACCGUGCAUCUCCAAUGUUUUUGUAGCAUCAACUCGGCGGACCAACGCGACGCCGCCUUUGCAAGCGGAGACAUGUGGCACGAGCAGCCGCGCCUCGUGAUUUUGACGCGAGAGCACAUCAACCAGGGGCUCGGGCUCGAGAUUACGGUACGUGAACGUUGUCUGACGAACGACGGUGCCAAUCGGUUUAGGGUGGUUGUGACGAGUUCCGUCCGGUGCUUGUCACCGGAAAAUUGAGCAAAUCGAUGGCCGACGACGAUCAACUGAUGCUCGACGAUCGCAUUCUCGCCAUCGACGGAACCUUUGUGACCAACACGACUUCUCACGCAGAAGUCAUGGAGAUGUUGGAGAAUGAGGUGAGAGAAUAGAGAAUGCGACAAUAUCCAUUGUGAAAUGAGGUCUGGAAAAUGUUUUUUAAAGUCUUCAAGUCUAGUCGUCUACUUUUGUAGUUGAGAAAUUUUCUGUACGACCAUUUCUACGAGUACUGGCACUGAAAAGCGAUGGUUUUGAGCAGUCCCAACUUUCAAGAGCUACAGUACUCCACAGAGUGAUUGUACGAAAAAGUUGUCAACUGCAAAAUGAAAGUACAAGAGAUGAACGUUAUUUUUGUAGUUGACAACAUUUUCGCACAACCACUCCCAAGCCUACUGUAGCUCUUGGAAGUUAGGACUAGAACUAUUUCGAGAUUUCAUCGUUUCAAAACGAGAUAAAGGGGCUUGGGAGGCGGUAUUAAAGCAGAAAAUGUUCGUGACGAGACUUAAGCAAGCGAGAUUUUCCAUAUUUUGCAGUCGUCCAAGGACUUUCUCGCCCUCAUCGUCUCGCAGUUCAACACGGCCAAGUACCAGUUGGCCCACGAGGACCAUCGUCUUCCCGCCAACACUCGCAACGAAUCGGCGACGCUGUGCUCGGCGAGCACCGUCUGGGAUUAA